AGAUCAGUAGUUGAUUGCCAGCCACCGGGGACGCAGCUUUGCCAGCGACUCGAGAAUCAAUCGGAGCGGAAAAUAGGAAAAUUUAAAAUUGAUAGGAAUUAGGAAAUAGGAAAACCUCGCAAAAUGCUCCUGCUGAUAGCGCUUUUCCUGGCCCUUUUGGGGGCUGAGGCCCAGCAAUUUGGCAAAGCUAUCAUGCAUUUUGGCAACUGCAACUCCGUGGAAUUCGGCAGGGGGACCUGUAUCGAGAAGAAGGACUGCGACUUUUAUGCCGUUGAUAAACUUAUGGAAUUGGCCAGCAAACAAGAGUGCUUCUCCCGCCAGCGACCCGAUCUGGUUUGCUGCCCACGCGAGACGAAUAUCAUACCGCCAUUGGCACUCAGGAUCAGUAAUGAGACCACCAAUGUCACGAGCAGCACCACUACGCUGAAACUGCUGCCCCGCACCACGCCACGCCCACCGAGCGGUGUCGACCAGCUGCCCCAGCAUCCGUAUUGCGGCUCCGCGUUCUCGUUCCGCUUGGUCGGUGGUCAUAAUACCGGACUCUUCGAGUUCCCGUGGACCACUCUGCUGGAGUACGAUACAGUGGGCGGUGGCAAGGACUAUGCAUGCGGCGCAUCUUUUAUCGGCCAGAGAUGGCUCUUAACAGCCGCCCACUGCAUCCAUACAAUGGGCAGGAAUCUUACCGCAGCCAUUCUGGGCGAAUGGAACCGGGACACCGAUCCGGAUUGCGAGAAUGAUCUGAAUGGCUUACGCGAAUGUGCUCCGCCACAUAUCCGGGUGACCAUCGAUCGGAUACUGCCGCAUGCGCAGUACUCGGAAUUGAACUAUAGGAACGAUAUAGCCCUGCUGCGCUUAUCACGUCCAGUAAACUGGCUGCAGAUGCAGUAUCUGGAGCCCGUCUGUUUGCCACCGCAGAGGGGCAGGUAUGCCAAUCAGCUGGCCGGCUCAGCCGCCGAUGUUUCCGGCUGGGGCAAAACCGAGUCCAGCGGCAGCAGCAAGAUCAAGCAAAAGGCGAUGCUGCACAUCCAGCCGCAGGAUCAGUGCCAGGAGGCGUUCUACAAGGACACCAAUAUUACGCUCGCCGAUAGUCAGAUGUGUGCCGGCGGCGAGAUUGGCGUGGACUCCUGCAGUGGUGACUCCGGCGGACCACUGACCGUGGAGGCGAGCACGGCGAGCGGCAAUCGGUAUGUCUAUCUGGCCGGAGUGGUCUCCAUUGGACGGAAGCACUGUGGCACGGCGUUGUUUUCCGGAAUUUACACCCGGGUCAGCAGCUACAUGGACUGGAUAGAAAGCACCAUUCGAGCCAAUCGCAUUUAAGAUACUUUCGUUCCCGUUUCCGGUUCCCGUUUUCGGCAUCCAUAACGCAAAGUCAAGCUCAUUGUGACCUUCAAUGACAUUAAAAGCAAUUUUUUUAAAAUACAUA